AAGGAUUCCUGGUGUCCUGCGUGGUUCUCAGUCGCAGUCCUAUUGGAAGAGGUUUGGACGUGCCUCUUGCGGGUCAGUGCCAGUGCCUGCUGAGCCGCGCGUGCCUACUGCAGAAGGCGUGUUAGGAGACUGAUCUUAUCUUUUCAUUGUGGCGAAGACGGAGACUACGUGGAAUAACACCCUGGAGGCGACUUGAAGAUAAAGAUCCAGGAAAAUGGGCAACAAAUUCGACGAGCUUCUGACCCAAGUGGGGACCGGCAAGUGGAACAUGAUUUACUUCAUCACAGCCUGCUACUGGUACCUCCUGAUCCCCCCUCAGGUCCUCAGUGGAGUGUACCUCACUCCUCUUAUGAACCAUACUUGCCUUCCGCCGCUUCUGGACGACCCAUACUUGAUAACAGAAAAAAAUAUGCAUAUUCCCAGUGAUUCGUGCAGUUAUCUCGUCAAUAACUCCUUAUCGGGCGAGGUAGAAGAGAUCCCAUGCAACGAGUGGGAAUAUGACACGUCUGUCUACACCAAUACUCUCACCAGCGAGUUCAAUCUCGUGUGUGCGAGGGGCUACCUGCGGGCUACCUAUCAGAGUAUUUACAUGUCUGCUACCAUUUUUAGCUCUAUGGUAGGCGGCUACAUCGCCGACAGAUUUGGCAGGAAGAUCGUGGUUCUGGUGACCCAGCUAAUCUACGCCACCCUCGGCUUCUCCAUCAGCUUCGCCAACAAUUUCUCUCUUAUCCUCGCUCUCCGAUUCAUCAUGGGAUGCGUAGGACUCCCAACGAUUUAUAUCCUAUCCCUGGAGGUUUGCGAAGUCAAAUACCGAUCCGUGGUGGGUAUUCUGACUGGUCUCCCUUGGGCAUUCGGUACAAUGGCGUGGGGGGGUGUGGCUUCCCAGGUCAGAGACUGGCGGUGGCUGCAGCUCUACGUUACUUUGCCCUUCAUCCUCGUCGUUCCUUUGCUAUUCCUGAUGGACGAAUCCCCUCGCUGGCUGAUCGUGCGAGGGCAGUGCGACCGCGCCCGGAAGAUACUGCAGAAGGCCGCCCGCUGGAACAGGACCCAGCUCCCGUCUGAGGAGGCCUUGAAGAAACUCAUGCUGGACAUCAAGGAGGAGUUGGUGGAACCAGAGAAGCCGGUGUUGAAAGAAAGACAAAACCGAAGGUGGACGUUUACAGAAACACCAGCGCUCUGCAGAACUCGCCCCAUGCGCCGCCCUGGUCUUCUGCGGGCUCAGCCUCAGCGGCUCAAACUACAGCGCCGACCCUUUCAUCUACAUCGUGCUCGGUGGCCUGAUGGAGGUCCCCGGCUACUCCCUGACGGCGCCCCUCAUCAACCGCGUCGGGAGGAAGUGGCCCACCAUCUUUGGCUACGUGCUCAGCGGCGUCGCCAUCCUCUUGCUCGUGUUCAUCCCCGACAACAUACAAUGGUUGGUAAUGACGUUGGCCAUGUUAGGCAAACUCUGCAACAGUGGCGCUUUCAUGAUCAUCUUCGUGUACAUGUCUGAGGUGCUGCCCACGGAGGUUCGGCUGCAGGGCGUGGGUGCCACUAUCAUGACGUGUCAACUGGGCGCUACCAUAGCCCCCUACAUCACGGACUAUGUGGGGCCCCUCGUGCCGUGGGCUCCUUCGGUCAUCUUCGGCGUGUCGUCUCUCGUGGCUGGCGUGGCCAUGCUUCCCAUGCACGAGACCCUGGACGCUCCCAUGCCCGACACCAUCCACGACGUGCCUCACAUCAGCCUCAAGCCUAGACUGUCCAGGAGAAAACGAGAUGUCAAGGUGCAUGAAGUAGAAAAACUUAACAAGCAACCAGCGUAAUGUAAAAAUCAACUCAUGUUAGAUUUUAUUAUUAAUCGGCUUUACUCUUCGCUCAAAAUUAUAAAUUUCUUUUUGUCCGAUUGGUAUGUAACCUACUGAUAAUGACGCUGUAUUUUUUUGAAUUCCUUCAUGCAUUUUUUUUUAUACUUCUGCGAAAGAAAUAGCUUUAUUGUCUUCAAGAGAAUGGAAAAGCACUCUACCCUGUUGAUAAAAUGACACUAAUGUCUUAUCUUUCAAUAAAUUUCUUUCGUG